GGAACGGGGCAGGGGAUGGGAAUGAAUGGGGCAAGGGGCAGGGAUGGAUGAGGGAGGGAAAGGGGCAGGGAAUGGGGCCGGAUGGGGCAGCGAUGGCGACGGAUGAGGGAAUGCAGGGAUGGGGCCGGAUGCAGCUCAGCACCCAUUGGCUCCGCUGCUCUCACAGCACCCGACGGCGCCGAUGCUCCCCGUGCUAAAGCCUUCAUCUCCCACCGCGCCAGCGCCGAGAUGGUGCGGAGGCAGAAGAGGAAUUUCGCCCUCGACGGCGGCAUCGCCGGAGCUCCGAGGGACCCCCUGGAAGCCAAACGCGAGGUGUGCGAGCUGAGCCCCGACUGCGACGAGCUGGCGGACCAGAUCGGCUUCCAGGAGGCGUACCGCCGCUUCUACGGCCCCGUCUGA